AUGAGUGGAUUAUUUUCUCUAUGGAGGGCUAAACCUUCCACAGUGGAAGUUCUGGAAAAUAUAGAUAAGGAAAUCCAAGCAUUAGAAGAAUUUAGAGAGAGAAAUCAAAGAUUACAGAAACUAUGGGUUGGAUGGUUAACUCCCUACUUCUCAAUUCUUUACCUGUUUACUUGCUUAGUGGUAUACUUGUGUCUUCCAGAUGAAUUUACAGCAAGACUCGUUAUGACACUACCAUUUUUUGCAUUUCCAUUGAUAAUAUGGACCAUAAGAACUGUACUCAUUUUCUUCUUUUCCAAGCAAAGAAAAAGAAAUAAUGAAGCAUUGGAUGAUUUAAAAUCACAGAAGAAAAAAAUACUUAAAGAAAUAAUGGAAAAAGAAACUUAUAAGACUGCAAAAUUAAUUCUUGAAAGGUUUGAUCCAGACUCAAGGAAGGCAAAGGAGCUUGAGCCCAUAUCUUCAGGAGAAGCUGCAACUGCAGGACCUGGACAAGAAAUCCGUCAGCGGACUACAGCUCAAAGAAACAUUUCUCCAUCAACACCAGCAGGUCUGAAUCAAGGAUCACCUUUACAAGUUCCAGAAUCUCCUGAUCUACAAAAGGAUACUUCAGCUCCUGAUCUUGGAGACCGUGAUAUAGUUUUUAUUCCAUGGUUCAUGGAGAUAACUGAGAAUCAGGGAGGAGAAGCCAUAUAA